AUGGGGAAAGCUGCAGAGUGCAUCCAGCACUGACUGACAGCCGGCGGAGAGCUGCCUGUGAAGUUUCCAGCUUAAUUGCUAUUCUAUAAAACUAAGUUUCUUCCAGUGGGAACAGUUCAGCAAACGCGCAUGAGCAGAUGGACAGAUAUGAUGACUUCCUUUGUAGCCUCCGGCAGAGACUGAUGAAAGAUAUUGCACUUGUGGCUGGGGUUAAGGUUUAUUGAAAAGCUAGGAAUGAAGUCUUCCCUGAAGCUAAGCUCCUUCCUCCUGCUGGUACUGCUGCCGUAGCCCCUCUGGCUUCACUGAGACUUCACCAGUAGGAGCCCAGGGUGGCAAGUAGGAGGGGAAUAUUGGAAUCUCAUGAAAGCCACUCUUUUCUCUGAAACAGAUUCUUCAUUGGAGCAUAUCUACAUCUUGGUAGCCCAUGAAAGAGGUCAUGCAACGUGUAGCCCAUUCCAGGAGAUAUAUAUGCUUAUUUCUAAGUUUGAACCUGUUCCUAAACCCAUUUGAAUUGCAAGCUUUGGUUAGUUACAAGCCCAGCAUUGUCAUCUUCCUGGCUGAUGACCUUGGCAUUGGGGAUAUAGGCUGCUAUGGAAACAAUACAAUCAGGUCAAAGUGGCAUACAUGGCUCUCCUUCUAUCCCUAUUAUCCUACCAACAACCCUGUGAGGACUCCUAAUAUUGAUCGGCUAGCAAAGGAAGGUGUGAAACUUACUCAGCAUAUUGCUGCAGCUCCACUUUGUACUCCAAGCAGAGCUGCUUUCUUAACUGGAAGAUACCCAAUCCGAUCAGGUAUGGCUGGAACAGGUCAUUCCCGCGUCCUUCAGUGGGUUGCUAGUUCAGGAGGCCUUCCCACGAAUGAAACUACUUUUGCCAAGAUAUUGCAGAAGCAAGGCUAUGCCACUGGCUUAAUAGGGAAGUGGCAUCAAGGUGUGAACUGUCAAUCCCGUAAUGACCACUGCCAUCACCCCUUAAAUCAUGGAUUUGACUAUUUUUAUGGAAUGCCACUUUCAUUAAUGGGUGAUUGUCAAAUAACACAACCUCCAGAGAAGGCUAUGUCCCUGCGAACCAAACUUUGGUCUUAUACCCAGAUGAUUGCCCUCGCUGUGCUUACACUUAUAGCAGCAAAACUCACUCACCUGGUGCCUCUCAGUUGGAAAACCAUCUUCCUCCUGGCUUUGUUUGGCUUUUCCUUCUUCAUUUUCUGGUUCUCAAGCUUCGGAUUCAUAAGAUACUGGGACUGUAUUGUGAUGAGAAACCAUGAAAUUACAGAGCAACCAAUGAACGUUGAGAGAGCUGCACCCUUGAUGCUGAGGGAAGCCAUUUCCUUUAUUGAAAGGAACAAGCAAGGGCCAUUCUUCCUCUUUGUUUCUUUCUUGCAUGUUCACACGCCACUGGUUACAACAAAAAAAUUCAUUGGAAAAAGCAGCCAUGGAUUGUAUGGCGACAAUGUAGAAGAGAUGGACUGGAUGGUAGGAAGAAUUUUGGAUACUCUUGACAAGGAACAUUUGAAAAACAGCACGUUGACAUAUUUUACCUCUGACCAUGGUGGACACUUAGAAGCUCAGGAAGGAAAUGCUCAGCGAGGUGGCUGGAAUGGCAUAUACAAAGGAGGAAAAGCCAUGGCAGGCUGGGAAGGAGGGAUCCGUGUCCCUGGAUUAUUUAGAUGGACAGGAAUGCUACCCGAGGGCAAGGUUAUUCCUGAACCAACCAGUCUAAUGGACAUUUACCCCACAAUGGUUCACCUGGCUGGCGGGACAGUUCCACAGGAGAGAGUAAUUGAUGGCCGGGAUUUGAUGCCUUUGCUGCAGGGAUCAGUGGAGCACUCAGAGCAUGAAUUCAUGUUUCACUACUGUGGAAUGCAUUUACAUGCAACACGUUGGUACCAGAAGGACAGUGGAAAUACAUGGAAGGCCCAUUACAUGACACCAGUCUUUCAUCCAGAGGGAGCCAGUGGUUGCUACAAAACCAGAUUUUGCCCGUGUUCUGGGGAAGGUGUAAGACAUCACAAUCCUCCUCUGCUGUUUGAUCUCUCGAAGGACCCAUCAGAGGCCAUGCCUCUGUCACCGGAUACUGAGCCACUGUUCCAAGCAGUUCUAAAGAGCAUAGACAGAGCUGUGGAGGAGCAUCGCAGGACUCUCAGGCCUGUCCCACAGCAGCUCUCUCUUGACAACACUAUCUGGAAACCGUGGCUGCAGCCAUGCUGUGGGACAUUCCCAUUCUGUUCAUGUGACAAAGAAAAGGAUGACAUAGAAAACAGACAACAGUUUUAAAGUUUUCUAUGUUGGAUGAAUUAGACCUAUUUAGACCACAAGAGACCUUGAGUUGGGGUGGCUGUGUGUUCUACUUUUCAUAGUCCUCUGUUUUGAAGGGUUGUCUGAGGGCUGUUGUCUGUUUGAAGGUGUCUUCUGUUUGAAGGCUUUCAAGUCCAAAGCUGCAUACACACCAUAUAUUUAAAGCACAUUCCCAUACAUGCACUUGCACACACACACACAGUCCUGGGAACUGUAGUUUACUCUUCGCAAAGAUACAGUUCCCAGCACCAUUAAUGAACAACAGUUUCCAAGAUUCUGGUCAGCAGACUGAGCAGGCACACAGGUCUCCAGGUGUCUUCCUCUCUAGGGUAAGAUGUAUUUCUAUUUAAAUUAUAGUAAUUAUUAGGGCUGUGCACCAGAUUUGGUAUUGGCUGCGUCAGGCUGAGUUAGCCCCAGAUACCUGCAGGUCAGGUUGGUGGCCUAGAGCAAUCAGCAGCUGUCAGAGGGCAGGGCAGCAGGCCAGAAGGAGAGGCAGGACAAGGUAGGAGUGGGAAGGUAGAAGCCUUUGGGAGUGGGGUACUUCUUUCCAACCUGACUGCCUUUCCUGCCUAAUGCCACCUGACCCUCCUUCCUGCCUGAUGCACCUCCCCUGAAGUACCAGAUCAAUGCCUCCACUCAACAGCUGUUGAGCAGGGGAAUUGACCCUGCAGGGUGCUCAUUUGCAAGUGGCUUCCCUGCAGGGGUUCUGCUUCAAAGACAUUGAUCCUGCAGGGUGCAUGGUGCUCAUUUGCAAGUGGUUUCCCUGCAGAGCAGCGACUUAGGAAGCAUCAUUCCACAGAAACAAUGUCUUUGCUCAACAGCAACCCAAAGAAUUGAAACAGACACACACAGUCUCAGUCCGGGGGGGGGAGAUGCAGUGUAUCCUUCUCCUACCCCCCUCCUGACCAUAUGUUCAAUUAGUGUGUUUAAAAACCUAAUUACAUAUUAGCCCUGCCCCCCCAAAUGAAUUCGGGACCAGAUCUGAUGGGGGACAGGUGGUCUUCCACUUAGCACAGGGCAGGUUGGCUUAAUGGUAGACCAUGGCCCUGGGGUGAAGGGGUGUGUGUGCACAUCCCUAGUAAUUAUUUAUAAAUUGUGCCUAUACAUAUAAAUGACCCUAUGUAUAUUUUAUGAAAAUCUCUGUCCUCCUUUCUCCUUUUUUUGUGAUGCAGUUCAGGGGAAGGGGAAUGCAUAACUGGCCAUCCCAGCUAGAGUAAAAAACAACAAGCAGGAGUCUCUUUGGAAUAAAAGGAAUGAUUCCCACACACACCCUGCAAGAAAAAAAAAGACCUUCUAAUAAAAGAAAUAAAUAACAAAAAGGGGAUGGAAGUUCAGGAAUUGUGUUGUAUUUUAUUUUCGUAAAAAAAUAAGGCCUCAAAGUGAAACUGUAAUUCAAUUCAUUCAGUCUGUUGUAUCAAGGCAACACCUUUCAUAGAGAUCAGGACUAACACAAGACAUUGCAGUGUUUGAGGCAGAAAAACAAAGGGUGCCCCCCU